AUGGAUGUGAUGCGAUAUUUGGUUCAUGCGCCUGCAACACUAUGUGAAAAAGUGCCAGUGAAUGAUCGUUCACGAUACUUCGCUGUUUUUAUCUCGAAUCCUGAUCGAUGUGUACCUCUGUUCUCGCAGAGAGCGUCACUUGAAAGACCUUUUGUGGUAUGGGAUUACCACGUUAUCCUGGUGGAACAACUACACCAAGGUAACUCUCGGGUCUGGGACUUGGACACUGUUCUAACGUUUCCGUGUAGCUUUCACGACUAUUGGAUUGGAAGCAUUCGGCCGCAAGACUGGAACAUUCCGCCUCAGUUCAGCAGAUGUUUUCGUGUCAUCCCAUGCGUUGAGUACUUGACUCAUUUCUCGAGUGACCGAUCACAUAUGAAAGAUGAAAAUGGAGAAUGGAUAGCACCACCUCCGGACUGGGAACCGAUUUCGAAGAAUGGUUUGAACAACAUCAACGACUUCAUCAGCAUGGAUCCAAACAUACUGCCCAAUAUUAGUGUCGUGCUAGAUGAGGAUGAGAUGCAUCGACGAUUUUCUGGAAGAGCUAAAUAG